UGCAACUCCCAGUGUUAACAUUUCCAAAUGCGAAUCAUACAAAACAUGCAAAAGUGCAGCUGACGUUCCCUGCUCUGCAUGCUGUAACUGUCUGCAGCAGGGUGCAGUGGGACACCAAAGCCUCACAUGUCUCCCACAAUCUUUCUCUUAUGCAUCCCCUUCAUUCAUCAACGAAUUUCCAACUGAGAGGCCAAAAGGACCAAAAAGGAGAUAUUAGCUUAGCCUUAAUAGUACACGGACAUCCACACAGCCUAUAGAACACUGUUUGAAAAUGACGGCAAUGUGGCAUCACGUUUGCGUCACCUGGCAAAACUCAAAUGGGAAAUGGGCAAUCUUUGUGGAUGGGAAGGAAGGACACUCUGGUGUAAAUGUUCACCUCUUUACAAAAUAUUGAAGGAAAUGAGUAUUCAUCAUCGGACAAGAUCAGGAUGUUUUGGGGGGCAACUUCAGCGAUGCAUUUUCUGGUAAUAUCUCGGAUCUCAACAUAUGGAGUGAAGUUCUCGAUAAAAAGCAAAUUGAAGGUGUCGAAUCUUGUGCCCUUAAUUAUGCAAAACCAAACUUUUUUGUUGGGAUUUUUCUAAGAUGGCCAUUGAAAAGAAUGUGAAACAGUCUACUAUGUCAUUAACCUGUUCAGAUCCCAGACAGUCUCCCAUUGAAGAAUGCAGGACACUCUCGAGUUCUUCAUCAUAUCCACAGCAAAGUUUCAAAGUAUGCAAAGAAGAACGUCCAUUUGUCUGUAAAAUACAAAAAGAUUCCUACUUAAAACUGAAAGAAUUUGAAGAUAAUGAUAAACCCUUCAUCACAAAUUUGAUUGAAGAAUCCAACAGUCCUGUGAUCGCCAACGGAUUCUCCUCAACUUCUCCAAAGAACUUAACCACAUUAGAAGCACAGCAAGUCCUUCAAUAUACAAAGCAAGCCCUUGAGAAAGUCAAUGGAAGUUUGGCCCCGUCAGAUUUGCUCACGUUGGUACAGUUCCUAAGUUACGUAUCUGAUAUGGAUUUUGACGAGAAUGAAACCAUGGAGACGGUGGACGGUCUUGGGCAAAGCUUCAUUGAAGUGGCCGGUGAGAUCUUUGAAGAGAAGCAUGUACACAGAUGGAUGGAGAUCAGUCAGGUCGUAAGCGGUCCCAUGACUGUGGUGCAGAGCAUAGACAGAAUGGCUGCCAAUCUGAACACAUUACUGAUGACCAAGCAAGGAGAAGUGGUGCUGCAGGGCAAAAAUAUCAAACUCCAGUUUACACAGAGGAUUCUCAACGAAAACACCAGCAGCUGUGACUUUCAUGGACCAAAUUCUACCCAAGAGAGCACAGUGGACUACAUUUCUGUGCCCUCCGAACAGCUUGAAGAACUGAAAAGGAAAGGUAAUCAAAAGGUGACUUUCAUUAACACGUGGUACGGAUCCCUGCACCCUUUCUUUGUUAAUGGCAGCGGCACCCGCAAUGAUUCCUUAGUGUCCGAUGGAAGUCAGAGGCUCAUAGGCACAAUCCUUGGAUCUUCAGUUAUUUCUACCACAGCGUACAGCGACAUCCAAAAGACUAACUUGGCUGUGCAUUACAGGCUUCAGCAUAAAAUAGAGACUAUUCCAGGAAUCGAGCUGAAGCCAUCUUGUACAUUCUGGAAUUACAGCCUCCGUCCAGAUGAGGGGGGCAGCUGGUCUACAGAGGGCUGCUUUGUGACAAGCACUGGUCCAAAUUCAACCUCAUGCUUCUGCAAUCACACAACAAAUUUUGCGGUUCUGCUACAAAUCUAUGAACUUCAGACAACACCUGCUGAAGACUCCAUGCUACGUUUGCUCACCUUUAUAGGUUGUGGGGUGUCCCUUUUUUCCCUGAUAUUAACGUUUAUCCUCUUCAUUGCUGUUGGUGUACCAACGUCAGACAGGACCACCGUUCACAAGAAUCUGAUUGUAGCUCUGGCGACGGCAGAAAUUCUUCUCAUGUUCAGUGAUCUGGCCAGCAAAAACAAGGAGGCGUGCAUUGCAGUGACGGCUCUACUGCACCUUUUCUUUAUGGCAUCAUUUACCUGGAUGCUAGUUGAGGGUCUUCUCUUAUGGAGCAAAGUGGUGUCUGUGAACAUAAGUGAAGACAGGAGGAUGAAGUUUUAUUACGUCAUUGGCUGGGGCCUGCCAGUCAUUAUUGUUGGCAUCACCCUGGCAACUUCGUUUAACAAGUACGUAGCAGACAAUUACUGCUGGCUGAAUGUUCAGACAGAUAUCAUCUGGUCCUUUGUCGGGCCCGUUCUCUUUGUUCUAUUUGUUAACACCAUUGUGUUGUUUCGUGUUGUGGUGGUAACAGUUGCCAGUGCAAGGAGACGCUCAAAAAUGAUGACACCCAGCUGUUCUUCAAAGUCCCAGAAACUGGAGUUGACAUGGGCUGCCACCAAGCCUGUCCUUAUCCUUCUACCUGUGCUGGGUCUCACCUGGCUUUGCGGAAUCUUUGUUAAUUUCACAGUUGUUCUCGCUUACAUCUUUAUUGCCAUGAAUGCCUUUCAGGGCCUGUACAUAUUUCUGGUGUAUGCUGUUUAUAACAGUGAGGUGCGAAAUGCAAUACAAAGAAUGAAGGAAAAGAAAAAGGCUUUGUCUUUCACGAAUUGCUCACAGCCAGCAAGCUUCCUGUCUUCUCCAAGAAAUACGGAUACCUCUUAUCAUCAGAAGAAGAGUUUGCCAAGCCUAGAAAACAGCGUGUCUUCAAUUGUCCAAAAUGGUUCUAUGGACAAAUCGCUGUUUUAUAAAAACAACGGUUUCAGAAAAGAAAGCUUUGUGAACUUUUCAGUGAAGCCAGCAUCAAAAAACCAGGUUGAUAAAACAGGAUGAAAAUUAAGCUGAGAAGACGCCACGUGAAGAAAGAGAAAGCACUUAACCGACAUCUGCUGUAAAGAAUUCCAGCUGUGCGAAUAAAACACAAGGCUGUGUCGUCAUCGAGAGUAAAUAUUUGAUGAGGCUACCACAUUUGAUGGUUGCUGAUAUACGUUUGUUAACAUAACUUUUUAGGGAAGACUAAAUACUACAGAGCUUUAGUUUUAACUUUCAGGAAUAUCAACAUUUAGACUUAGUUGCACCAAAAUCAACAGAGACACAUUUUUUUUGUUUUACAACGCUUUAUCUGUACAUUGUCUGAAUGGACUUGUAUGUUGAAGUAUUUUAGGCCAGACAUAUCAAAAAUACGAGGUCAGCACUGUAACAUGUUUGAGAGUAACAACAAAUGUCUGUUUUAAAAAUGUUGAAUUUGUCAGAAAGUGGCUUCCGUAAUGUGAGUCGUCUAAAUCAUGUAACGGUACUGCAUUAAAAUAUAUAUCAUAGAGCAGAGGUGUCCAACUCCGGUCCUGGAGGGCCACAGUGGCUGCAGGUUUUCAUUCUAACCCUUUUCCUAAUCAGUGACCAGUUUUCACUGCUAAUUAACUCCUUUUCCCUUCAUUUUAAUCGCCCUGUUUUUAAGGAUUCAGUCCUCUGAAUUGAUUCCUUUCUUCAUUAAAUGGCAGCCAAACAGAAAUGAGACGUGAAACAAGCCGACAGAUGACCAGCUAAACUGUGACGUCAAACUCCAGACAAUUUCACUCCAACCGGUUUCUUAAUGAGAAGCCAAUUCUUGCUGUUAUUGAAUAUCAGGACUUGUCGCUGCUCUCGUUCUGCCACAGCAGCAGAUUUUCUGUUUUUUCUAAGACCACCAUCAAGAUGUUUGGUUGUCCUGAGCAGACCAACAUGACCGAGACCUUCACCUUUCUUUAUUUUCAUGUGGCAGCUUCUUUGUUGUCUCAUAAUCGUUUGGCUGGUAAUUAAGGAAAAAGAAACAACUCAGGGGCCCAAGUCACAUCAAUUAAAACGAAGGCAAUACAAAUUAAUCAGCAGCAAAAAUGAAUCACUGAUUAAGAAGACAGUUAGAAUGAACACCUGCAGCCCACCAGGACCGGAGUUGGACACCCUUGUCGUAGAGGAUUCCUUUAAAUUGUCAUUUUAAACUUUCUUACUACCAGUUGGCCUCAGAAAACCUGACGGUUCCACUGUUAAUAUUCACUACGGUCUUUUUAACUGAGGAAAAAUAAACAUUUCUAGAGCAAAUGUAUUUAAUA